AUGUCGUGGUCGAAAGCAUGUAGAGGGACUCUCAUAUCUUCGUAUUUAGAGAACCUUCAUCGAACAUCGCAGUCUACGAGGACCGUGCCUCUUGAUAUAUGCUCUCGUUAUUACACUCAUGGAGCUUGUAGAGGCAAUGAGCAUAAUCUCCGAAGAAAUAGAGGGCUUUGGGGAAGCUCUUCUUUGAAUUCCCAUUCUUCUACUGCUAAAUUGAUGUUACUUGGUGCUCAUCGCCAGUAUUCUUCUACUCACUCUCCAACAGAAACCAAAUCACAGAAAAUGCUAUAUUACCUCACUGCUCUUGUCUUUGGCAUGGUGGGGCUAACUUACGCCGCUGUGCCAUUGUAUAGAACAUUCUGCCAAGCUACUGGAUAUGGAGGUACUGUUCAACGCAAAGAGACUGUUGAGGAGAAGAUUGCUAGGCAUACAGAAUCUGGCACCGUCACUGAAAGGGAGAUUGUGGUGCAGUUCAAUGCUGAUGUUGCUGAUGGGAUGCAGUGGAAGUUCACUCCAACUCAAAGAGAGGUGAGAGUAAAGCCAGGAGAAAGCGCUCUCGCUUUUUACACUGCUGAAAACAAAAGUUCAUCUCCAAUAACCGGUGUCUCCACAUACAAUGUCACUCCCAUGAAGGCAGGAGUUUAUUUCAACAAGAUACAGUGCUUUUGCUUUGAGGAGCAGCGACUUCUUCCCGGAGAGCAAAUCGACAUGCCGGUCUUCUUCUACAUUGAUCCUGAGUUUGAGACUGAUCCAAGAAUGGACGGAAUCAACAACUUGAUAUUGUCUUACACUUUCUUCAAAGUGUCCGAGGAAAAUACUGCAGAUACGGUCAACAACAACAACAGCUCUGUUCCAGUUCAAGUUCAAGAAACCAAUUAA